CCCAACACUAAUUUCCACCGUCGCCCUCUCAAAGAUGCUCUCUCUGGCUUCUGCCUCGACCCUCUCGCUCGCGCCCGCGGCGCUGAUGCGCGCCCCCGCAGUGCGCACCGCCGCGCCCGUCAUGGAGUCCAAGGCCGAGCUCGAGUCUCUGGCCGGAAAGCUCAACCCGGUGAUUGGCUACUGGGACCCGCUGAACCUCGCCGACUACGACCAGUGGAGCCAGGGCCAGGAGGCGGCGAUCGGCUUCCUGCGCCACGCCGAGAUCAAGCACGGCCGCGUCGCGAUGGCCGCCUUCGUCGGCUACAUUGUCCAGUCGAACGGCAUCUGCUGGCCGUGGGCGCUGACCGGCGGCCCGAAUGGCGUGAUGCACUCGGACAUCCUCGCGGCGGGCGGGCCGGCGGACCAGUGGGACGCGCUGCCGACCGCGUCGAAGCUGCAGAUCCUCCUCUUCGUCGGCGGCCUCGAGCUCUGGUCCGAGAACUCGUACGUGCUCGGCCUGUCGGGCGAGAAGCACUACAUGCGCGGCGGCAAGCCGGGCUUCUUCCCGUCGAUCAAGAAGGGGGGCAUCCCGCACCCGGUUCCGUUUGACCUGUUUGAUCCCUUUGGGCUGUCCAAGAACGCAUCGCCCGAGAAGAAGGCCAAGGGCCUGCUCGCCGAGAUCAACAACGGCCGCCUCGCGAUGCUCGGCAUCAUGGCCUUCGUCUCCGAGUCCAAGGUGCCGGGCUCCGUCCCCGCCCUCGCCGGCAAGAUCGCGCCGUACAGCGGCGAGGUGAUGGCGCCGUUUGCCGCCAGCGACAACUUGCCCUUCGUCGCCGAUAUGCUCAAGUCGCCCCUCUUCUGAGCGCGCCACCCCCUCACCCUCACUCCCGGCCAGCAGCGCGAGCGCCUUGCUCCGCCGCCCUCUCACGACGGUGGGGCCUGGGACCCGAUGCCCGACCAAACUGGCGGGUGUGUGUGUGAGUGGUGAGUGUCAGAGAGACGGCAGAACUCUUUUUCUCCGAUGUGUGAAAAGAAAAGCCGGACCACCCCCU